UUAUUCAUUCACAUGCAAGAAUCUAAUCCAUUUCUUAUAUCAACGAAAACAACUAUUAUUUUUCUUGAAGGAAACUACUCACAAAAUUGCUGAAAACUCUUCGACAGCCCACGACUGGUUUUGCCUUUUUGGGGCUCAUCAGCCUCGGUCCGAGGAGCCCCCGGUGAAAGUUACUCGCCGAUCUCAUGAACCUCCUCAUCAAGCCAAAAAAGCAGAAUUGACAGACAUUCCGCCUAUCCAACUGGGUCCAGAAUCCUUCAACAACUUUUCCUCCGUACCACCGAAGCAGAAUACUGGUUUCUGGAAUCCAACAACUCAAAAGGCGUAUUUGGAAAAAGAAUAUCCGGGACAAAUGCCGACCGCACCUCAGUUUACGCAAUAUCUUCAUGCGCGCCGUUUACAGGAAGAAUGUAACAACCGCAAACUUUACAUCCCACAGCACCUCAUGGUGCCCAAUGUGAAUGGGAAACGUAGUUUUUGUCAAGCCUUUGCAGAAAGGGUGCCUUGCGCAGUCAAAGGAACGCCAUGUUGCGUCAAGCCUCACGCCAUCUUGCCAAACCCCUUGGCGUGCAUGUGCGGCGUUCAAAAGUGCCGUGCAUUCGUGCAGCAAUAUUGUUGCUCUGGUACAAGCCACUCACAAACAACCCCAGGAGGCCCGUGUGCAACAUGUUCACUGGAUCAAUGCGCGAGCCACCAGAGAGCCUCAAUCAUUUGUGAACUACACCCGCAUGUGAACCAAAUAUGGAUAAUGAAGAAUAACUGGCACAGCAGUAACACCUGUCCACAUAAUGAGAGCACAAACACAACAGGUACACAGCCGGCGGCAAACCUACUGAGCGGCAGCAACGGAAGUGGAAGCAAUGGCGUAACACCGGGGUCAUGCUAUCAUCAUGCUUGCCUGUACCACAGCAACAGGUGUAGAGUAGAGAACACGAAUCCGUUUCCAACUUGCAAAUGCGUGUCCAGUGUUAGUUCCAUACCCUGUUGCUGCUCCGGUAAUCCGACAACACCACUGAUGAACACAUUCAACUACGCCAUAUCGAAUUGGUGCAAUAACCAGCAAAUGCUACCGCAGUAUCCGCUCAACCAUCUGAAUGAGAACGGAAUAAGUCAACGGGGAGGCGAAGGUGCCCCAAAUGUUUUCUUUUCCGCGGCAAUAAAGCCGGCAACGAUACCCAUGGUCAGCAACCCCAUUCCAAACUUUGCGGCCGACGGGGGGAGGGUAUGCACAGGUAUUCAAGCACAGUCGAACUAUCAAGGCCCACUUGCUGGUGAUUUUCGAAACUGCGGUGAACCGAUGGAAAAUGUUGUCCUCCCAUUAGAGGUGUACGAAACAAAAUUCUUGGCUCACCCACAUUCAAGUCUCCCUCCGGAAAUAAUCACCAACACCCCCGCAAAACCGACCACACAGCCCAAGCAACCGUACCCAUCUACUACCGAGGGCCUACUCAAACAGACGCAUCGUUUCGCAAAAUUUGAACACCUGCAACCAGUGAGCUCAAAGGUUCUCAGGCCGCCAUCUUCACACAAUGAAUCGGCUGAGGGACAAACAAACGACCUUACUGCGUUCCUUGUUUCUGUUUAUGAAUCCAAUAUUCGGUCCUCCUUGAUGAUGAUGUCACCUCGAUUGGUGAUGAAACGUUUGCAAUCAGAUUGCACAGCUCAGCUCAGCGAACAACCCAACGACCAUCCACGCUACCUGAGCUACCGACAUUUUUCUCCAUA